AUGGAUCGAGGGGGUAAGCGAAUGCCAUUGAGCGAAAUUACCGGCAAGUUGAGUCUCAACAGGCGGCCGGCUCGUGUGUUGAAACCCAACCAGCUGAUGGUGCGGCCUUCCAAAAACGCCAAUCGCACGAUCAACGUGGCAAGCCUCACCAGAUCGUAUGUUCACAAGGAGACACAAACACGCACGAAAUCCAGCAUUGACGAGAUCACGCGCCAGAUCAGUCUACGACAUCGGUCUCCCGCUCAACGAUUAUCUGACAAAUAUACACUCUGGGAACGCAGUUUUGGGAUACGACCAGCCGCUUUCGAAGGAGCGAUUGCCAACCGUCACGGUUUCGCGCUUAAACGAGAUUUCUCCGCGGCUGAGGCUCGUCGAGAUCGACCACGACCGAGUGGUGGCUUUGGCGUGUUUCAAGCCCGUAUUCAACGUCAGGCUCAAGGAGAGCGAUCGCGUGCAUCUAGGGUCCGCAUUUUACGAUAUUUGGUUUGA